GCAUAGCGGGAGAGGGUCCAGCAAAAAUAAAAGCCAUCGGCGUUAUCGAUAUCGACAUUAUAGUCGUGAAAGAAAUAGCAGUGUCAGUGAUCCAUCGGAUUCAUCUAGGUAAGGAUAUCAUUAAUGACUUUGUAUUUAUAUUUCCCCCUUGCACCUAUUAUGUAAAAUAUUUAUCUGUGUCACACAUAAAACUAAAUAAGUUAUACUAUGGUUGUAUUUAAUAGUUACAGCAAAGAAAAGAUACCCAAGAGGAGACGGAGGCAUCGCUCAACAAGCCCAAAUACAAAGAAACACCAUCAUGGUCAAAGGCGUCGGGCCUCUAGAAGGGAAUCGCGGUCGAGGAACUCUUCCCGCAGCCGCUCAAGAAGUCGCAGCCGGUCAACGAGGCGCAGCCGAUCUACGAGCCACAGCCGAUCAUCGAGGCGCAGUCGGUCAACGAAGUGCAGCCAAACAACGAGUCACAGUCGAAAACACGACCUGA